UGAAUGUGCUAUUCCACAUGUGUACAUACAUGUGAAUGUGCUAUUCCACACGUGUACAUAUAUGUGAAUGCGUUAUUCCACAUCUUGCUACAGUCCAGCAGCUAUCAUCUCUCUUUUGUAACUUUGCCAAAGUUUCCAACAACCUUCCACUCCACAGCAAUAGUCCAUCCAGUCCCUUGACUUGGCUGUAAAGUAUGAGGCAGGAAUCCUCAGAUAGCCCCCCACACGACCCCCGAGCUCUGAUUGUGUGCUGGUUCUCCAGACUUCCACCGUCUGGAACACGUUAGGCUUCUUGUUCAUCAUGGAGGAGCUUCCACUGUCAGCUUUAUUUUCAAUGAUUUCAACUCUUUUAUAAUGUCUUGAAUUUCCUUUAAAGCCAAGUCCACAGACUUUUUAAUUUUCAUUUCCACAGAGUACAAAAGUGUUGAAAAGAUCAGAACUUCAACUGUAUUGUGAUUUAGAUGACCGUACUAAAGUUUUCCUUUUAGUAGUGAAGGCUUUUUUUAGUGGAUGUUAUUUUUGUGACUUUCCUGAAUAGGACAAUCGGUUAGCAUUGCUGCAGUGAUUUUUCAGCAUGUCAUGACGUGCUUCUCUGGCUCUAUUGUUGUUUGGUCUCCUUAGAGCCUUUUUCUUUCCCGGCCAAACAUUAAUAGCCGGCUUGUUCUCUGCUAAACAUUGGAGUCGAUAAAGGGCGGGAAGCUCUAAAUGUCAUUUAUCCUGGACAAAACUUAAGUUCGGCACCGGAGCUCGGAAAGUUGCGUAUGUUUACGUCGCCAUCUUGGUCGUCCUCUGGGUUUCUGUUUUUGUCCAGUUAUAUUUUUUUAAAUAAAGAUAUUAGAAAAACUGAGGCGACCGGGCCCUCUGUCGUCACGUUAUGCGUGGUGACGUCAGCCGCUGCUGCCUGCGCAGCCGCAUUGUUGUUGGGGAAGAGGCUGUCUUCGUUCCUUCCACUGGCCCAAACCGUCAAACGUCCGGUGUUGACCCCCGCGGCCCGUUCACGGCCUCUCGAGGCUGAGAGUGCCCGCCUCUGGAUCCCGGUGAUUUCGUUUGGCGCUUUUCUCGGUUUGGUGCGCGGCAGCCGCCGUGCUAGGAGCGCGUGGAUUAAAGAGCCUCGAAGGCCGCGCGGCCAUUGCUGCGAUUUGGGCCUUAAUCUUUGAAGGAACUCCGGAAAACAACGAAAAAGUCCGAGGAUCCACUGCAGUCCAGCAUGAAGAAAAAAGGCAGAAACCAUCGCCUGGCUGUCAUAAAGCGGGACUCCUCCCCCAUCAAGCCCUCCCCUAACAGGGAGACUCUAACCUACGCUCAGGCUCAGCGCAUGGUGGAGCUGGAGGUGGACGGCCGUGUGCACAGGCUCAGCAUUUAUGACAAACUGGAUGUAAUCUCAGAUGAAGACCCCAUCGCCCAGGAGAUCAUGGAGUGCAACAGCAACAAGGAGAACAAUGACAAGUCCCCACAGGUCCCGGUGCGCUCCGUGCGCCUGAAAAACAACCAGCAGAAGAAAAGCGCAGCCCUCACCACCUCGCACAGCGCUAGCUCCGGCAGCUUGCUGGAGCCCAAGGUCCGGCAGGUGGAGUACAACCUGCCAGUGGUGCCCAAAAGGCCAGCAGCGUUCUACAAAUACACAGAGAGGACGGGGGAGGAGCUGGACGAGGAGGUGGAGUACGACAUGGAUGAGGAGGACUGCGCCUGGCUGGAACUCAUCAACGAGAAACGAAAGAGUGAGGGGGUCAGCCCUGUGUCGCACCACCUAUUUGAGUUCCUCAUGGACCGCUUGGAGAAGGAGUCGCUCCUGACGUCUCACGACCGCAGCGACCCGCAGAGUCUGGUGGAUGAAGAUGCAGUCUGCUGCAUCUGCAUGGAUGGAGACGGGGCAGAUAGCAAUGUCAUCCUUUUCUGCGAUUCCUGCAACAUUGCCGUGCACCAGGAGUGCUACGGCGUGCCCUACAUCCCGGAGGGGCAGUGGCUUUGUCGCCACUGCCUACAGUGCCCCUCACGUCCAGCCCAGUGCCUUUUCUGCCCCAACCAAGGGGGAGCUUUGAAGAGGACGGACGAUGACCGCUGGGGCCAUGUGGCCUGUGCUUUGUGGGUUCCCGAAGUGGGGUUCUCUGACACCGUUUUCAUCGAGCCCAUUGAUGGAGUUCGCAACAUCCCGCCCGCCCGCUGGAAACUGACGUGCUACCUGUGCAAAGCAAAGGGUGCGGGGGCCUGCAUCCAAUGCGACAAGAUCAACUGCUACACAGCUUUCCACGUCAGCUGCGCCCAGCAGGCCGGGCUCUACAUGAAGAUGGAGGCCGUCAAAGAGGUUGCUCCGUCGGGCGCCUCCACCUAUUCCGUCAAAAAGACGGCCUACUGCUGCAGCCACAUGCCUGAAGGCUGCGACCGGCGGCCCCUCAACAUCUACCACCAGCCCUGCGUCAGAAACCUCGCUUGUCACGAAAGACUUGAAAAAAGGUCCAAGUCCAAGAGCCUGCAGAAGAAGAAGCUGAAGAGAGCCGAGCCUGAACAGGAACCAGCACCUGAGAUUCUUGUGAAUUCUGGGCCCAGCAUUACAGCCUCGAGUUUUGACACCAUCCUGAACCAGGUUGCUGUGCAGAGGAAGCGUCCCUUCGUGGAGCGAGUGCUAAGCUUCUGGAUGCUGAAGAGACAGUCGAGGAAUAACGUGCCGCUGAUCCGCCGGCUGCAGGCCCACCCGCAGCCCCCCAAAGCCAAGCAGGUGGACCAAAGGGAGUCCAGUCGGGCCCUGAAGGAGCAACUGAAAGUGUGGCACCGCCUCCGCCAUGACCUGGAGCGUGCUCGCCUGCUGCUGGAGCUCAUCAGGAAGCGGGAGAAGCUUAAGCGGGAGGAGAUGAAGCUCCAGCAGGCGGUGUUGGAGCUGCAGCUGAACCCCUUCAACAUCCUGCUGAGGUCUGUGCUCAGCAACCUGCAGGAGAAAGACCACUACAGCAUCUUUGCUCAGCCUGUGAGCCUGAAGGAGGUCCCCGACUAUCUGGACCACAUCAAGGAUCCCAUGGACUUCUCCACCAUGAGGAGGAAGAUCGACACUCAUGGCUACAGGAGCUUGGAUGAGUUUGAGGCCGACUUUGACCUGAUCAUUUCUAACUGCAUGACCUACAACGCCAAGGACACCUUCUUCUACAAAGCGGCGCAGAGGAUGCUUGACCAUGGGGGGGCCAUCCUCCGCAGAGCUCGCAGGGAGAUCUUCAGAAUCGGCUUUGACUUUCCCAGCGGACUUCAUCUGCCAGCAGAGCCAAAGUUAGAGCCCCCCCCACCCUUCUCCUGGGAGGACGUGGACUGCCUGCUGACCCCCUCUUACCGGCAGCAGACCCCCCCAGAGAACCAGCUGAAGGAGCUUCUGCAGAAGCUGGACUUAAGUGCAGCCAUGAAGCACAGCCCGUCCCGCAGCAAGAGGCUGAAGCUGCUGAAGAAGACCAUCAUGGAGGUUCGUAACGAGAUGAGCCUGAAGAAGUCCCCCCUGCCGCCCCCACGCACCACACCAGACCCUCUCCCUGGCCCCACGGGCUCAGAGGAGAACCCACCAUCAGAAUCCCAGACAGAGGUGGGCGUACCGCAGACGGAAAGGUCUUCAUCCCCAUCAAUACCUCAGCCAAUCAGCGCUUUGCCACCACCUGAAGGUCCCACCAGCACCUCUGAGCCGCUCUCCCUGAAGCCCGAAGACUUCCGUCAGGACCAUGGCGCCCUGGUGCGUGAUGAAGACGUCAGCACAUCUACCUCAGCAGCUUUGGACUCCCUCAACCCGCACAUUCCAGAGCAGACGCCUCUUAGCUGCAAAAUUCACGCUCAAACCUCAGACGGCUGCAGCCGACGCACCAACGUACUCUUCCGAAAGUCCAAGAGCGUCAGUCCACACAAACCAACCAGGGCCCAGGAGGCCCCUCCUUCUUUGGGGGCCAAAACCUUCCUGUCUGUGGUGAUCCCCCGCCUGGAGACCCUUCUGCUGCCGAAGAAACGAACGCGCAGCAGCAGCGCUGACGAGGACGAGGCGGCGCCCAUCAAACGCCUCAACACAGGUGACGCCGAGAGCUCUGUGGGGGAAGAGGGUACAAUCUCAUGUUCUGCCCACCCGCUGGAGCCACGUCGGCGCUGUGCCUCAGAGUCCAGCAUCUCGUCCAGCAGCAGCUUCGCAUGCGUCAGCAGCUCCUCUGUGGCGUCCAGAGCCAGUAAAGGGCGUCUGUCUGCGGCCCGCCGAAACACUGUGGACGACAGGAGCGGUCUGACGUCUCGCACUGACAACAGAGACCUCCUUAAGGCUGCCAAAAUGUCUGCAGAGGUUUGGAAGUCCCGCGCUGCCCCCCCCUGUGUUCUGGAGCCUCUUAAAGUAGUUUGGGCUAAGUGUAGUGGAUACCCCUCCUUUCCCGCCCUGAUCAUGGAGCCCAGAGCUCGAAAGACACCACUGUGGGACCGAGGGGGGCGUCUUCCCAAGCCACCACCGGACGUCCUCAGAGCCGGAGAGCGGAAGCAGUUCAGGUCCGCAGAGAAACUCUUCCUCGUCCGAUUCUUCGACAGCAGACGCAGCUGGCAAUGGCUUCCUAGAUCCAAGAUGGCUCCAAUUGGGAUCAACGAUACGUCUGACAGGAUGAAGCUGAAGGAGGCUCGCUCCUCCUCCUUCCGCAAAACUGUGCAGCUUGCCUUCCAGCGUGCCAUGAGGCACCUAAACAUGGCGGAACUGGACAGAGCCAGACUCAGCCAGUGAACCCGCAACCAACUGCACCCAGCCUGGUGUCAUUGCUAACAUCGACACUCAGCCACGUCUCAACUCCUGUGCCCGAAAUCUCUCAUCUCAGCACCGAAAGCCUUUGUCUUCAUAACAAAGCUAUGCAAGAGGGGGGGCAAUUGUGGGCGUGGCUACAGACUUGUUUAUUGAAGAUGCAGAAAGCAAGUGUUUUUCUGAAUUUGUAACUGGUGCAAAGCUCCUGCAGCAGCAACCGCCUGACCUCUACAACAAUGUCACAACUCAACAGCGACUGCUGUGCAACAACCUGAACACUACACAACAGUCUGACCACUAAACAGUUGCAACAGUCACCCUGCUUCGGGCUGACCAGCUGACCCCUCUCUACACCACAGAACUAUAGGGAAAACAAUAACAGACUGAUUUUCCUCCAGCAGCUUAACCAAUGGUUGGGCGGCUGUACACAGCAGUCUGAGACGGUUACGUGUGACACUAAGUCCUGUGGUGUUCAGGUCUUCAUCAUGGUUGGUGCUGUCCCUACUUUGGAAAACAACCUUACUGUAACUGCUUCCAACUAGUUUCUACUUUGGUCUGUAUAUUUAGAAGUUUUCUAAAUGGAUUCUGUGGCA